GCCUAGAGAAAAUAAGUAAGGCUACUUAUUAACCGCUUUCCUCCACCGAAUUAGGAAAUCGAAAACCCUAAUUCAAUUUUACUCCCGCACGGAUUUUUUUAUUUUUUUGGUCGUUUCUGGUACUGUCGCGCGGAUUUGAUAGGAUGAGAUCGGACGAGAACCAUCGGUGCAAUCGAGUGGAUGUUGUGGUUCUUGAAUCGCGUCCCCGUCAAUGUGAGGUUUCUUAUUUGCUUUCGCUUUGGUUUUUUUAGAGUAAUUCUUCGAUUGUGAGUUGUGACUGUGACAAUAAUUGCGGCGUUUUUGUUUUUGCAUCAAUACUGGAAGGAUCGCUACCUGAUGUUUGCCAUAAUUUCACGAUUUGAAUUCUCUCUCGUUUUGUCGCUUCCAUAUUACUGCUGUUUGUCUCGUUCGAAUUCAGAAGCAUGAAAAUGCCAGGCACAUCGGUUGAUUUUGUUUUCGUUUGACCAUUGGUUAGAGAUGAUCGCAUAGCGGAGUGGAUAUCGCAUUAGACUCCGAAUCUAAAGGUCGUGGGUUCGAAUCCCACUGCGAUCGGUAUAGUUAGUUUUAUGCAAAUAAGAAAUUAUAGUUUUCAUCCCUUCAGAUGUUUCCCUUUUCUUCUGUUUACUUUUGUGUGCAGUUUGCAUGUUCUUUAAUAUUUGAUAGACGAUGAAUUUUGAAGUUUAGAAUAAUUGACAUGAUUUAUAUUUAAUGUGAAUGAAUCAGAAUAAUGGCGUUCGUAAUGCAUGAUUAUGCUAUUGAUUUGAUAUUUUGCCUAUGAAUAUGGGAAGCUUAAUUCCAUAUAUGAAUUACUGUGUUUCGUAUAAACAUUGUUAAGAAUUUAGCGUUGAAAUUGAUAUAUGUAAAUAUAUAUAUGCAAGCAGAGUUUUCAUAAUUGGAAUACUAACCGUGAGUUUCUGGUGGAUUCUUUUGUUCUGUUUUACAUUUUAAGCUCUAUUUUAGAUCUGUCUUUUCAGUGCCCAUUUUCUAUGCAUUUGAUGAAAGACCCACUCACGAAUAUCUAAGUGUCACAGACCCAACAAGUCGACCCAAUUGUCUUAAUUGGGUAACAGAAAGUUUGGCCCAGUUAUUUUUGUAAAAUAACAAACGUUAUACCGAAAUCUGCCAACAGAUAAUCCACAGUGAGCCGAGACCUUAUGCGACAAAAGACGAGAAUUGGAGCCGAAAAAAGGAAUUUUGUUUAAGGCUCAAAUCUCUACAAGGAUUGAAUCAAUAUUGCCAUCAGGAGAAGAACAAUUCCCGAGAGAGUGAUGGCGGAAGAGAAGAAUCUAGUCGAGAUAUUAGAGGAGAACAUCCCCAUCGACAUAAACAAAUACAUAAACUACGUGCAGUCGCCGCAUUGUGGUGCCAUCGCAACAUUUGCUGGGACUACUCGGGACACCUUCGAGGGCAAGUCAGUGGUGGAGCUGAGAUACGAGGCAUACAUUCCCAUGGCAAUUCGCAUAAAAUCAAUCUGUUCGUCCGUGAGAUCAUCGUGGAAGGUGAACGCCAUUGCAGUGGCACACCGCAUAGGGCGAGUCCCGGUGGGCAAAAUGAGCGUAUUCAUCGCAGUGUCGUCGGUACACCGGAACGAUGCAUUGGAUGGGUGCAAGUACAUAAUCGAUGAGGUGAAGGGGACUGUGCCGAUAUGGAAGAAAGAAGUGUAUAGCAAUGGGGAGGUGUGUAAAGAGAAUUCCGAGUAUUUGGAGAGGCGGGACCAAGUCAGUGAGAAGAAAAAGGGAUGUUGUGCGGGAAAGGUUAAGGUGAAUGCAGACCAUACGUGAGAACCCAAUCUGGUAUGUAUGUAUUUAUUUAUUUAUAUUUUGCCUAGUAACUGAAAACAUCCAAGGGCUCUCUGUUAUAGAGUAUUUGUUUGGAUGUCAGAUAUUUUUAACUUUUUCCAAUGGUUUGCUGCAUAUCCUGUGGGCGGUUCUUUAUUAGAUAACGUAAAAUAUUUAUUACUGUUUCAGAGCUGAAAACUUGAUCAACAAAACACUUUUCCUUCA